UCCAAACCAGCACCUCAUACUCUUCGUCGCCUUCGUGACUUUGGUUCACUCUCGGGAGAAACUAACCAUCACCUCAUACUCCGCCGAUGCCUCCUUCGUCGCCUCUUGCGCCCGUCCACAAAGAAGUAUGAACUACACCGGGAGCGCCCUCUCCCUCCUCGCGCCAAAAGCCACCAAGGACAUGUCCCGCCUGCACCAAGGCUACGACCGUGGCUAGCUCCAUAGCUACUACCCCCCGUAGUAGUAUACUGUUUCGAUCCAGUCCCGUUGUCGGUAGGUAGUUUUCCACAUCGAUCAGCCAUGAAGGAAGGGGGUCAGAAGAAGAACAUCCUGGCCAAGACGCUCCAGAAGUGCCGGUCGCUGGGCCACCGGAGGCAGCCGGCGGCCUACGGCGGUGGCGGCGCUGGCAGCAGCGCCAGUGCCCCGGCGUCGCCACGCGCGGCCGAUGGCAGGGUGGCGGCGUGGGCCGUGCCGGCGGGGUACUUCGCCGUGCUCGUGGGGCCAGGCAAGGAGCGGUUCGCGGUGCGCGCCAGGUGCGCAAACCACCCCCUGUUCCGCGCGCUGCUGGACGAGGCCGAGACGGAGUACGGCUUCGCCGGCUGCAUCGGCCCGCUCGAGCUGCCCUGCGCCGUCGAUGAUUUCAUGGAGGUGAUGUGGGAGAUGGAGCAGGGGGGCGGUGUCACAUCCCUAGCUUCUGGCAUUGCUCUAGGCUAGCUUCAUGUGUGCAUCAUGUCUAUAUUUUUGAAACUUGAAUUGAGGAAUAUUGGGAGCCUCAAAACCCUAAAUAAAA